AUGAUGAAAAUUGUUCCUAAUACCGGCGAUUCUUCAAAUAAUGAAAUUUCAACUAAUAAAGUAAAUAGCAGCGAAUCCCCUUGGGUUGAAAAAUACAGACCAAUUUAUCUCGAUGAUAUUGUUGGAAAUGAAGAAACAAUAGAAAGAUUAAAAGCAAUUUCGAGAGAUGGUAAUAUGCCACAUAUGAUUAUCGCGGGUUUGCCUGGUAUUGGGAAAACAACUUCAAUUCAUUGUUUAGCUAGGGCUUUGCUUGGAACCUCAUAUAAAGAAGCUGUAUUAGAGCUUAACGCAUCAGACGAAAGAGGAAUUGAAGUUGUUCGUGGAACGAUUAAAAAAUUUGCUCAAAAAAAAGUUAACCUUCCCCCAGGCAGACAAAAAAUUAUUAUAUUAGAUGAAGCGGAUUCUAUGACUGCAGGCGCCCAACAAGCUCUUAGGAGAACAAUGGAAAUAUAUUCUCAAACUACUCGUUUUGCUUUUGCAUGUAACAUGUCUAACAAAAUUAUAGAACCUCUUCAGUCUCGUUGUGCUAUUCUUCGUUUUGCAAGACUUUCAGAUGAGCAAGUUUGCAAAAGAUUAAUGAAAAUAAUUAACCUGGAAAAUGUUAAAUUUAGUGACGAUGGCAUUAGUGCAUUAAUUUUUUCAGCCGAAGGAGAUAUGAGACAAGCCAUAAAUAAUCUACAAUCUACAGUUUCGGGGUUCGAUUUUGUUAAUGCUGAUAACGUCUUUAAAGUCGUGGAUCAACCGCAUCCACUAAUUGUUCAAGAAAUGAUUAAAGCUUGCAGCAAACAAAACAUUGAUGAAGCAUUAAUCUCUUUAAAAAAGUUAUGGGCUAAAGGAUACAGCGCAGUUGACAUUAUAUCUACAAUGUUCAAAGUGACCAAAAGUAUUCAGGAUCUGUCUGAAAAGAAAAAAUUAAAUUAUAUCAAAAUCAUAGGAUUGUCACAUAUGAGAAUUUUAGAUGGAAUUGCAACGUAUUUGCAGUUAGAAGGCUGUCUUGCUAAACUUUGCAAAAUAUAA